GACCAACUCACUUUGGGAUGUGCAGGGCCACUACCAGGCCUAGCGCCCGUCGACGCACAGGAGCAGGACGUCACUCCAGGACACGGCCAAGGUUCUAUCUAGUCACGUGAGAUAUGACUAAGCGCUUACCAACCGUCCCCCAUCAAAAAUCGACCUCCACCAUCACCUCUCAUCACCACCACCAUGGCCGACCGUCUUACCCAGCUCCAAACGUGCUUGGACCAAUUGGUCGAGCAGUUCAACGCCACCGUCAACUAUGUCAAUACACACAGCGAGCCAGCGCUCCUCGACGACGAUUCUCGCUCGGUAAUCAACAUGGCAGCUGCUGCUCCAGUGCCUGGCCAGCACCAGGAACAGGACAACUCAGGCCAGGCGCUGGCUGGCGCUGGCGCCAAGGACGAAUCGCUGUCUGCAGUCACCUUCGACAACACUAUCACCGAAUUAUCCACUGAUAUUAUCUUGAAGUCGAGACAGAUCAGUAUGUUGAUCGACUCGUUGCCUGGAAUCGGAGUGUCUCCCGAGAGCCAGAUGCAGAUCAUCGAGGAGUUGACGCAGGAGUUGGAGGAUGUGGAGAACCAGCGUGUAGCAAAGAUCGAGGAGAAGGACAAGCUCUUGAAGUGGGUGGAGUCGUUGAUUGCCGAGGUGGCCACUGGGAUCUCCGAGACUAAGAGGUAGCCACAGUUAGUGAAGGCCAGGGGAGGCCAGAAUGGGCCCAUGGCGCUGUUGCAUGGUAUUACGGUGAAGACACCACGAAUUUGAGGUGUACAGUGACAGAAUACUAUUUCUAGUGGUAUUAUAAGCUGUUCUCUUGGAACCACAGAAAGUCUACCGGGGAUAGUACAAUUUUUGUAUCACAAGAGAUCGGUACAGUCGGCAAUCUACUGAAACA